GUAGCAGAGACAGUAGAAGGAAGUUGGAGUUCCGAAGAAGACGGAGCAUAUUCGGCACGAGUGCCAUUAAUUAUUGAGCCGCUGCCGAUUGCGCAGCAAUCCAGCACCGUACCCGGAUAAUUGUAUAAGCCUCUGUCGAUCGCUAAGAGAUCCAGAAGUCACUGUUGUAUUACGUUGAGCCACUAUAGAAUUGCUAAGCGAUCCAGCAAUCAUCUCGGGUGUUGCGUAGCGCCACUGUUGAUCAAAAGAUCCAGCCUUUAAGAGAAACCUUAGGUCGAGCCGCCGUUGAUCUUUAAGAUCCGGCAACACGAGUCUCGCCACAGAAACAUUCCGUAUUGCGGUGGUUUUCGCGACGUUCUACGAUUUUUUGUGCAUUUCAGUAAGGAGUCGCACAGCGGCAAAGUGGCAACGAGCGUACGAUUACCAGCCAAAUUCCAGGGGUGAAUAUAACAGGAAAACGCCAUCUUGACGGACGCCGCCCAUUUUGGACGAGUCGAAUACGAAUAUUAGAGUCACGGAAGCGCGGUUUGUUGCAUCGUGUUUGUUGAUUUCUGGUAGAAGUUAUCUGACGUGAUCUGAUAGUAAAGGCAAUAAUCGGUUAUUAUCGUGUGUAGUUUUUGUGAGUCCGUUUAUUAUCGAAUAACAUCACGUUUCGAGUCGGAGUUGAUUUAUUACGGGGAAACUUGUAAUCAGACCAAGUCUGAUCCAUCCUGGGGGUUGCAUAAUAUACGAUUAUUGUUUGUUCCGAAUAAACCAUUGUGUAAUAAGCUUUAUUUCUACCCCUUGCCGCGCCAGGCAUACCUGUUCCUAGACAUACACGUUGUCCCCUUCGGGGACACUUACUUCGGAGAUCGAAGUAAAACUAGUGUAAACUGAUUGUUUGCGUCACCGGAAUCGGUUAUAAAAAGCGCAACAUCACAAUAUAAUAAAGCUAAAAAUAUAAGUUGAAUACUUUUAAAAUUAUAUACUAGACUAAUAUAUUUCCGACAUUUCUAGCGCUAUGAAAAUGUGAAAGAAACGUUAUCACAAUCCCAACAAGGAGUUAAGCUACUUGAGGCAGACAAAACCAAAUUUACAGAGGACGAUAGACGUGCAUUGGUUUGUUUACUUAUGACGGAAUUGGUGCAUGUUCACAAUGACAACUUGUAUCCGCCUAGGGAAUCGUUGCAAGCACUUGCAAGAGCCAUAGUCACGGAAUUUCCAAUAUUGAAAAAUCCUCGAUCUCCAAUAGGAUACAUAGACGAUGACUUUGAAUCUAUCUUUGCUGGUAAAGGAGGUAAUUUAAUAACAAUAUUUCUCUCCCACUACGUACCACGCAUAAUAAAUUUUGCAAAAGCAUGUAAACAGGACUUGAUAAAAAAAUAUGAAGAUAUUAUAGACGAUUCUUUAAGGGCUCUCUUGAUCUUGGCCGAUUUUUUAUCGGUUUCAAAUGCUGUGAUAAAACAACGUCUGUCAAAGAAAAAAAAAAGAAAAAUCUGCCAAUAACAUAAAUAUAAAGUAACGUGUUAAUUUAUUAGAAGUAAUUUCGAUAAAUAUUAUUUAUUGACGAUGUAUUUAAAUCAUAUAAAGAUGGCACUUGACAGUAAACAAACUUUGCUUUAAAAUAUCAUUUUUUGCAGAAAGGUAUCAAUAUUGAACAAUUCGUUGCAGAAAAAGGAGCUAACUCUUCAAGCAACAUCCAGCCAUAUAUUAUAUGUAUCAAUGAACAUGAAAAAAUAAGAUAUUUCAUUCAAAGAGAUGGGUAGAUAAGUCAACCGUAAAGACGUAUCAAAUAUCAUCCUGACAUUUUAUUUGUUAUUCAAAUUAUUUUAUGUGUUUAAUUUGGAAUAUACAAUUCUGUUGAAAAAUAUUUUUAAUUUUAUGGAAACCUACGUUUACGAGAUUUCAUCUACAGCAUCUGGGGCGACAACGUUAUUCUAUAUAAAUUUACAAAAUUAUUUAAACAAAGACGUUGUGGCUUCAAAAUGCUCUAAAACACCAAAAAACACGAUAUGUCUCUGUCUGAAAGCGAUUCAGAAUCAGAUGUAAAACGUAAGAAGGUUGCUUCCAAAUGCUCAAAAAAAAAUAAAAAAUGACAAAAGUGAUGUGUCUCCGUCUGACAGCGAUUCAGAAUUAAAUGUAGAACGUAAAAAGGCUGCUUCAAAAUGCUCUAAAAAAUCAAAUAAAGCAGAAAACGAUAUGUCUUUUUGUGAAAGCGAUCCAGAAUUUAAUUUUGAACGCAACAAACUUGCAAGUUCACUAAGCAAAUUAGAUAUUCAUUCAAAAAAUUUUAGCAAAGAUGAUAAGUAUGUUUCUGGAAAAGAGUCGAAUCAAAAAUUCAGUGAUGAUUCCGAAGAAUCAAAUGAAAUGUAACAAAAUAAUAUUUCUUCAUUAAACUA